UUUUACACAUCAUUUUCUUCUCGCUGUUUGUUUCUCUGAAAUUUCAAUCAAACAACUUUUGUAAAGUCACAUUAAUAAUAUUGGGUGGAAUGUUGACUUGACAAAGUCUACUCCAAAACAUCUCUUACCACUCAUUCACUCACUCCUUCUUAAUACAUCUUCAUUUCUCAACCAAAAACAAACAAGCUUUUUCUUGCGUUUAAAUUCUUUUGAGCUAGAAAUUUGAAAGAUGGCUGAGGCUGUGCUUGAACUUGUGCUUCACAAUUUGAAAUCACUCGUUCAGAAGGAGAUUGGCUUAUUUCUUGGUUUUGAUCAAGACUUUAAUAGUCUUUCCAGCUUGCUGACAACAAUCAAGGCUACUCUUGAAGAUGCUGAGGAGAAACAAUUCACUGACAGAGCAAUCAAGGAUUGGCUGCUUAAGCUCAAAGAUGCUGCUUACGUCCUCGACGACAUCUUGGACGAGUGUGCCACUCAAGUGCUGGAGAUGGAGUCUAAAGGACUGUCAAACAAGGUACAAAGCUCUUUCUUAUUCUCUUUUCAUCCAAUGCAUGUCGCUUUCCGUUACAAAAUUGCUAAGAAAAUGAAGAGCAUAAGAGAGAGAUUAGAUGGAAUUGCUGAAGAAAGGACCAAAUUUCAUUUGACUGAGAUUGUUAGAGAGAAGAGAAGCGGAGUCCUUGACUGGCGCCAAACAACUUCAAUCAUUACUCAACCUCAAGUCUAUGGAAGAGAUGAAGAUAAGGAUAGAAUUAUAGACUUUUUGGUCGGUGAUGCUUCUAGUGUCGAGGAUUUAUGUGUUUAUCCAAUAGUUGGUCUUGGUGGACUUGGAAAAACAACACUUGCCCAACUUAUAUUCAAUCAUGAGAAGGUAGUCAGUCAUUUUGAGCUGAGAAUCUGGGUAUGUGUUUCUGAAGAUUUUAGUUUGAAGAGAAUGACAAAAGCCAUCAUUGAAUCAGCAACUGGCCAUGCUUGUGCAGAGCUAGAUCUAGAGCCAUUACAAAGAAAACUUCUAGAUUUUCUAAAAGGAAAAAGGUAUUUGCUAGUGUUGGAUGAUGUAUGGGAUGAUGAACAAGAAAAUUGGCAGCGGUUGAAAUCUGUAUUGGCAUGUGGGGGAAAAGGCACAUCAAUUUUGGUCACCACUCGUCUUCUAAAGGUUGCAGCAAUCAUGGGAACAAUAUCCCCUCAUGAUUUAUCUACGCUAUCAGACACCGAUUGUUGGCAGUUAUUGAAACAAAGAGCCUUUGGACCAAAUGAGGAAGAGAGGGAAGAACUUGUGGUCAUAGGAAAGGAGAUAGUAAAGAAGUGUGGGGGAGUGCCUCUUGCGGCAAUGGCAUUAGGAAGUUUCUUGCGAUUCAAAAGAGAGAAAAUAGAGUGGCUCGAUGUAAAGGAAAGCAAGCUAUGGAAUUUACAAGGUGAAGAUCAUGUCAUGUCUGCCUUAAGAUUAAGCUACUUGAAUUUGCCAGUAAAAUUGAGACCUUGUUUUGCCUUGUGCGCACUGUUUCCCAAAGAUGAAAUAAUAAACAAGAAGUUUUUGAUUGAUCUUUGGAUGGCUAAUGGGUUCAUUUCAUCCAAUGCAAUGCUGGAAGCAGAAGAUAUCGGGAAUGAGGUGUGGAAUGAGUUAUAUUGGAGAUCAUUUUUUCAAGAUAUAGAGAGAGAUGAUGUUGGUGAAAUUGAAAAUUUUAAAAUGCACGACCUUGUUCAUGAUCUUGCUCAAUCUAUUGCAGAAGACGUUAGUUGUUGCGUUACGGAACAAAGCCUAUCUAAAAGAAUCCACCACCUCUCGAUUUAUAGUUGGAAAUCAUCGGAGUUAGUCAGUUCAAUACAGUUACACGAGACUAUAUCAUUGAAGACUCUUUUAAUUUCUCAAUACAACUAUUUACCACCUCUUGUACUAACAUGUUAUUCUUUACGAGUACUAGAUUUUCAAAGUAUGAAAGAAUUGCCAUCUUGGAUUUUUCGUUUGAAACAUGUAAGGUACUUGAAUCUUUCUUGGGGAAAAUUCAAAACUCUUCCAGAAUCCUUAUGCAAGUUACGGAAUUUGCAGAUUUUAAAGUUAGAUUAUUGUAUCCGCCUCCAAAGGUUGCCUUAUAGGUUGGUAGAGUUGAAAGCUCUACAACAUCUAUCUUUAGAGGGCUGUUACUCACUAUCUAGCUUACCUCCGCAUGUAAAGAAAUUGGCUUCCCUAAAAACUUUAACCAUGUAUGUAGUUGGCAAGAAAAAAGGGUUUCUUUUGGCGGAACUUGGACAAAUGAACCUUAAAGGAACCCUUUGUGUUACACACUUGGAGAGAGUUAAAAGUAUGGUGAAUGCCAAAGAUGCUAAUAUGUUGAGAAAGCACCUGAGUAAUCUGGAAUUGUCAUGGGAGAGAAAUGAAGAUUCUCAAAUACAAGAAAAUGUCGAGGAGAUUCUUGAAGUGCUUCAACCUCAAACACAACAACUUCAAAGGCUGGUAGUGAGAGGAUAUACAGGUGCCUAUUUCCCACAAUGGAUGUCUAGUUCCUCUCUAAAUAUUUUAACCAAUCUACGUCUUGUGAAUUGCAAAAGUUGUUUACACCUUCCAGACUUGGGGAAACUUCCUUCUCUAAAGAAUCUAACAGUAUCUAACAUGAGUCAUGUAAAAUACCUAUAUGAAGAAUCAUCCUAUGGUGGAGUUGUAGGAGGUUUCACAAAACUAGAAUUUUUGAUGCUAGAGAAGAUGUCAAACCUGGUAAGUUUAUCAAGGGAGGACAGAGAAAACAUGUUUCCGUACCUUUCAACACUUCAAAUUACCGAAUGUCCAGUAAUAUUGGAAUUGCCUUGCCUUCCAUCUCUCAUUAAUUUGUAUGUAACAGGGAAAUGCAGCCAACAUGUACUAAGUUCAAUUCAUAAACAUCAUACUCUUGAAAUCCUUUGUUUCAGAAAUAAUGAAGAGCUAAGAUUCUUUUCAGAUGGGAUGCUAAGAGACCUCACUUCUCUAAAGAUUUUUCACAUUGAUGGCCUUUCUAAGCUUGACCAACUCCCAGCUGAAAUCAGUAAUAAUAAUUCUAUCCAAGAGAUAAAUAUCAUUGGUUGUGAGAAUCUCAAGUCAUUGCCAGGUGAAUUAUUACAUGGAUUGCACUCUCUUAACAAAUUGAAUAUUACAAAGUGCGAAAAGUUCAAGCUAUCAGAAAGUUUUCAAUACCUCACUUGUCUGGAGGAAUUGAUAAUUCAAAGUUGCCCAGAAAUAGAAGGUCUGCAUGAAGCAUUACAACAUAUGACUACCCUUCAAUCUUUGAUAUUGGGUGGUCUUCCAAACCUGGCAUCCCUUCCUGACUGGUUAGGAAACCUAAGCUUGCUUCACAGUUUGAAGAUUUGUAAUUGUCCAAAACUGACAUGUCUUCCCAUGAGUAUUCAACACCUUACUAGUCUGGAAACUUUGAAAAUUUGCAAUUGCAGUGAGUUAGGGAAGCGAUGUAAAGAGAACACGGGUGAAGUUUGGCAUAAAAUAGCUCACAUUCAAUUCAUUCAUGUUCAAAACCAUUAAUAUUAUUUUUUAUUAGUUGUUUUUCACGAAUUCUUUAAUUGAAUUAUAAUUUAAUACAUUUUUAUAAAUUUUGAUAAUUAAAAAACAAUAAAUGUUCUUAUCAACAUAGUUGUUUAAUACGUGACGUUCAUUCUUACUCAAAAUUUAUACAUUAAUAUGAUCAACAUGAGACAAAUUUCUUUUUAAAUUUUAUAAUGAAUACCUCCAUCUAUUUAAAAACAAAUCAGUUGUGAUCCAAGAAAGAAUUAUCUAAUUCACAAGUGAAGGUGACCAAGAUUUAAUGACGAUUAUAUUGAUUGUCCCAAUGUCUUGCUCUAGUCUGACAAAGGGAGAAAUUCCUGAAAACACUAUAAGUUCUAAGUCAAUGAAGAUUAAAAGUGAGUCAUAUUAUAUUAGAAUAAUGUGUUCCUUGAUGUGACGUAUUUGUUAGAAAUUUAUAAAAAAUUACAAGGUUAAGGUCCUAAAACCUUUUAUACUAGACAACAAUAAGAUUAGACAAUAUCAAGGGAUCCUUUAAGUAUAAUAUGAUGGUUUUGUUUCUUCUAAUAACUCUAACCAAUUGUCCUCAAUGGAGAGAUAUAUGUUAGUUUUCACAAUAUUAUGUUCUUAUUUGUAGAUAACUACUUUAAAGAAAUUACCUCUCCGGACCAUCUUCUUCUAUGUUAACAAAACGAUACAAUCUUUAGUUUUCUUGCCUCAUUAUUUGACGUAGAU